AUUGCAUCGAUAUGGAUUUUCUCCAUUCUGUAUGCUUCUCAAAGGUUUUUAUUUCACAGCGAUGAGGAUCUUCCAUCACUGUGGAUUUGCACCACAACAUUGACUGUACUUCUUCCUCUUUUUGUCAUUUCGUAUUGUUACGUUUACAUCUUCAAGGCUGCCCGAUCACAAUGCAUACGCAUAGCGGCCGAUAACAGCCUCUGCAAAGAAGUUUUGAAAAACAAGAAAGCUGCCUGUACGCUGUGCAUAGUGAUCGGUCUUUUUGCUUUGUUAUGGCUCCCGAGUCUCGCACUGUCCUUGUGGCAUAUUUCGGUCGCAGAUCCUUUGGAAAGACAGUGCAUUGACUACUUGUGGUUUUGGGCGGCAUUUCUGUCAUUCACUAGCUCGUUUUUCAAUCCGUUGAUCUAUACAAUUCGGACGAAAGAGUUCCGAAUGGCUUUUCUGAAAGUAUUACGAGUCAAAUCAAAGUCUUGA